GUUUGCGAGGUUUCAUUCUGAAGAUUGCCCCAGGCGAAGUAAGGCACCUGCUGACCUCUGGGAAGGGUUAUAUUCAGACAUCUGCCUGAAAAGCUUAGACUUUCCAGCCUGUUGGCUGAACAUCUCCACCAGCCACAAUGGGGAACAGCCUAACGAAAGAAGAGGAGCCUACAGAUCAAGAAAUCAUUCACAGAACGUCAUAUUCAGAGAUCUCUUCUGAACCACCUGACAAUAUUCAGAAUGGGCCUGUCACAAUCGAGACUGUACAGAUCUCUUCUACAAAGGGUGAAAUAGUGGAUGCAAGAGUGAACAGCGUCCAGGAUAAUGUGGCUGUUUCUUCCCCAAAGACAAUGGAGAUAAGCUCCGUCUCCGAAGCCCCGGGAAAUAAUCCCGGGAAGGAAGCCAAAACAGCCCCGCCAGCUGCCAAAUCUCGUUUUGCCUUUGCAUUUUCACGGCCUGUACCAGGACGUACCGAAGAGUCGCCGACAAAUGCAUCAGUUGCAUCGGCCCCACUGGACACCAGUUCAGAAGCAGGCCGGGCGAACAAAGCGGCGAGUGAGUCUGUGGAUCUCCCCGCUGCAGCUGUGCCGGAGGAAGCUUCAGAUAAAACCCUAAGUGAAACAUCUCUCACUGAAAUCGAACUCUCCGAGCCAGCUUCGUCGGAGGCAAAGGAGCCAGCUUCGUCUGAGGCCAAACCCAAAGAAUUAACCUUUUUCGACAGACUCUUCAAAUUCGAAAAUCGGAAGGAUAAGAACCAAACGCAAGCCCAGGGCCGAGGGGAGGUAGAGGCAGAAAAUCCUGACGGGCCCAUCACAGUAGAAGAAACUUCAGGAUUACAAAGUGCACCGGAUAAUGCCCUGCCAGGAAAGGACGUAGAGUGUGAAGAAAACCCUGUGCAGCCGGACUCUCUGGGUGUCAGUUGUUUAGCCUCUGAGGAUCUUACCCCAGAAGAGGUCGAACCAGAGAACGUGAAAACAGCAGCCGGAACAGACUACAACAACAGCGUCAUGAGUUUCUUUAAAACCCUGGUUUCUCCAAGUAAAGCAGAUUCUAAGAGUGAUUCAGAGGACAAGGCAACGCAGGCAGGCAAGAUCCAUGAAGGUCAGCUUGCUGAGAGGACGACGGCUGAUUCCCAUGCAAAGGGUACCAAGAAAAAGAAAACAGACAGCCCCAGAUUAGGACACAGUACAUUUAGCAAACUGUUUAGACACAAGUCAAAGAAAGAUCCUCAGCAAACAGCAAAUACCAAAAGUGCUGAUCAGCCUGUAAGCAGUGAUAAUGUGAAAUCGGAAGCAAACGUCCCUCCGUCGCAGGAGACGCCCGCAGCAAAGCAGAACACAAAAGCUCCCGAACCUCCAGUCCAACCACAGGCACCGCCGCCGCCACCCCCUCCAGCAGCCAUCAUCACCAACGAAAUUCCAAAAGAGGUGACGAAGGAGAGGUCUGCUUCUACCCCCACACCUCUAAGUAAAUUCUUUUGGAGAAAGACUCCAACAGAUGACAUAGAGGUGAUAAACACAGAGAGAAUGGAAGCCUCCCCUGAAGCCCCCGCAAAAGAUGAAAGGAGAAACCUGGAAGGUGCAGAAACAAGAUCCAAAGGAGAGGAAAAGCCCUCCAAAACAAACCUGAGGAAGUUCUUUAAGUUGUCAGUCAGAGGAGAUGCAGGGGUGACCCCUUCAGAAGAGAUAAACGGUCCAGCUCCCGAUCAGCAAACACUGGACUUCCCAGACAGGCCCUUUGCCCAGGCCGAGAGCCGAGAACCUGCAGGGACACGGAGUAAAGAGGGCUCAACAGAGGCACUGAACAAGCUGAAAGGAAGCAAACCGGAUGUCAGGGAGCAGCAGGAGCCCCGGGAGCAAGAAAGAGCCGAGACGGACUCCCUUCAGAACGGAGGGGAUGCGGCAAAAGAAAACACUCUCAAGAGGACAGAGAAGAAACAGUCGUUUGGAGGGUUUUUUAAGGGUCUUAGCCCCAAACGGAUGUCUGACGCCGAAGUGCAAACGGAUCCAGUGUCUUUUGUGCCUGCUCCUGUGAAACCCAAGUAACGAAUCCUCUAGAGCUAUCGAAGAAUCACUGGAUCUCGAUAAUUUCUUAACCCUUCAGUUAAAAAAAAUGACUUCCUGAUUUGGUCCCUAUCUCCCUUCCACCCUACUUUCAUAUGCCUGAAUGAAUGCUAGGCCUAAGGCAAAAACAGGCGUGCGUUUUGAAACCAUCUUUUACAGAAUGUUUUCUUCUACAAGGUCGCUUAGAAACAAUGACUAUGCUGUAAGAGCGAAUGAAUGAUGGGGGUACAGUUAAUAAAAAAGGGAGGACUACCAGAGCCAUCCCUUGACUGUAUAAAGCCUGCCCCCCCCCCUCUUUUUAAAUCACAGUUUUAAGAUAUGGGCUUCUGUUCCCACAUUUAGCUUGGACCUACCUCCUUAUGACAACAUAGCCCCCCACAUCCCAUUUCUGUACGGCCGCUGCCAACCUCUUUGCAUAACCAAACCUCAGUGCAUAGUCUAUUAGCUUAGAGCUUUGGUUGUCAACUGUCCUGGAGGAAAGAAAAAUGUCCUGGCCCUUUACCUGAAGUUUGCCAUGUAAUAAUGGGUGGAUAUGACAUCCUUGGUAAAUAACACAUCCUUGGUAAAUUCCAUUAAGUCUUUCUGAAAGGGCAGGACAUCCCCACAUCCCCGAUGCCACUUAGCAACACUGGCUAGAAGUAAGACCACUGGCUCAUCUCAGAUCCAAAUUAGAGUUUGGGAGUUCUGUGAUACUUGCAGUUUGCCAGUCGAUUUAAUGUAUACCCAGUGUGCACAGUCAUCAUCUGUGUAGUAAUUGGUAACAUAUAUAGUACACAAGUUAUGUCCACCAUUGUUCGUGGGGCUAUGACAUCACAGUCUUGACUGCGUCUGACCUUCCUUUUGUCCCCCUGAAUUCUCAUACAAAGAUGCAGUUGGAUUUUUAAAAGUCCACUGUUUUUAUGCUUAUUAAUAAUCCUUGCAGUGCAUUAUGUCCCUUUAAUCUGGAUUCGUGAUAGAGCAGGCUUCACGUGGAGCCUCCAUUUCUCCUAGAAUUAAAACAUCUCCAGACUACAGAGAUCAGUUCCCAGUUCCCCCAAAAUCUUCAUUUGGAGCUGGCAGUUCCAAUCCAUGGAUUUAAGAUACAGAAGAGUGCUUGAGGGACCAGUUGAGAGACCUCAGCUGUGCCUGAGGGACAAAUCAAGAGGCACAGAUUCUUUCCUUGCUACAGCAAGAAGACAACAUAGACUGAUAGGGGUGGUAUAUCUAGGAAACGGUGCUCAAACAUGGCAUUUGCUUUGGCCAGAAUAAUUAUGGACUAAAGAGUCCACUCUUUCUACCACUGACCCCAUGAACUACUUUAUAUUGUUAGCAGACCACUGGUCCACAUAGCCCAGGACUAUCUUCUCUUAGAACUGCAUCUCUCCCCAGGCAAAAAUCUUCCUUGUUACCUAAGAUCCUUUAACUAAAGAGCCAAGGGAGUGAAUGUGAGCAUUCUGCUUUCAAAGAACAUGUUCUGUCUGUGACACAUAAGCCUGUUCUGUCUGCUGUGGCUGGUCUAAGGCCCCUUCCGCACAUGCAGAAUAAUGCACUUUCAGUCCACUUUCAAUGCACUUUGCAGCUGGAUUUUACUGUGUGAAAUAGCAAAAUCUACUUGCAAACAGUUGUGAAAGUGGAUUGAAAAUGCAUUAUUCUGCAUGUGCGGAAGGGGCCCUUGAAUGACAAAUCUGGCUCAGUGAGAGAUCUGCUGGAGUAUGGAACAAUAGUCCAGCAAGCCUCACUUGGGAAGGAAACAAUCUUCUUGUAAAGAUGCAGACUUAACAGUUAACCGUGGAUAUGAUUGUCUUAACUCCCACCUGCGGUACAAUGGUGGUUUAGGCUUGCCAAACUAAGUUCUAGCCCAAAGGACACACUCUGGGAAACACCAGUGAGAUAUGAAAAGUGAAAAGAUACAGAAAUUGUGGCUUGCUGUCUGCAGAUCCAUUGCUUAUCUGUGGCCAAUAUAAAUAAUAGUUUGCAAGCACAGUUCGAACCGUGGCUUGACUCCAUCAGAGAUUUCCACAGAUUGACUAGAUUUCAAACUACAGAGUGGGACUUUUCUUUUCCUCUGCAGCCCAAAAUGCCUGGGAACAUCUUUGAGAGAGGAGUCAGAGGUUUGCAGUGGGAGAGAUUCAGCAAAAAGUUACCCCCCCCCCUUUCAUCUGUUAAAAUUGUCUGCAGGGUCCAACCAAGGGAUACAACGCAUAAAGUCUAGCUGCACAAGACGAACGGGGCAUUGAACUAACAAGUUUUAAGUCCUCUUUUUUUAAAAAAAGGAAAUUAUUGUUAAUGUGAUACAAAAGACUCAGUUUGGGUACGCAAGGAAGACAUGAACCAUUGUAGAGUUUUAAAGAAGCCAUCAAAAUCACCUUUGUGUAAACUAUACAGUGAAAUGAUUUUUUUAAAAGUGGGUCACGUUUAAAAGACUCAAAUGUAGAAUCAUCAGCUUUUAAUCUAUGCUUCAGUUUUGUUAUCAAGCUAUUAAUAUUAUUUAAAGGCUGAAAUGUACAGGGUUUAUCAUUCUCAUCUGUUUCUUCCUCGAUGUAGUGAAAUGGGAGAAAUUAACGUUUAGGGGGCAAAAAUUAAUUAAGGUAUUAACAAGAAAGCAACACAAGGGGGCAGACCUGAUCUCCUUUUUCUUACUAAUUCAGAGAUGUAUCUACUUUUGUGUUACUAAAAAAAAAAAAUUCUAUCUUGAGGGGGGGGAGCAGACAGCUUUCUUAAUUUAUGUUGGUGGUUAAAGCUACUUUCUUUUUAAAAAAACAAACCACCAAAUCCUAAGACUGGUCACAAUUGUAUCAGCUUUAUGAAGAUCCUGUGAUGUGCACGUUUGAUAACGCUGACAGAAAAUCCAGAAAUCUGCAUUACUGUAACAGGGAGGGGAAAUGACUAAUGCUAUAAUUCAAAGCUAGCAUCUGGACUCUAAAUAAGUGUAUAUUUUGAUUUCCUUCUGAUUCAAUAAACAUUCAGUAAGAAAA